AUGACCGCAUCCAACGCUGAGGCCACCGGGUCAUUUGCGUCCAUGGAAGACCCCUUCGUUGCGAAUUCUGGAAGGCCGGCUGUCCCUCGCGACUCCAAUCGCUUCGACACACAGCUAUACAGCCUAAAUGCGUCUUCACCAGCACAGGCCAAAAGGGCCCUCGAGGCCCACUUGGCGGAGACGGAACGCCGACUGGAGGAGGCCUCAAGGCUAGGAACGGCCCUUAUCAACCAGCAGCGGCAGCUAUCAGAGCAGUUGAAAGAGGUCGAGCAGGAGCAGAAUGAAGGAGAGAUGGGACCGGAACUGCGACGGAAACUUGCAGACUUGGAGAAGGAGUACAACGAGAUCGGCCGUGAGUCGGCACGCGCGUUUUUAGCACCCAAACGUCUUGCUGGUGGCCCGGAAGAUGCUCAGCUUGGGCCGCCGUCUUUCGAUCAAAAGUCACACCUAAGUCCUGCUAUGUUUGCCAGUCAAGCCACGAAUUCCCCUAGCAAAGUCAGCGUUCCGUCUCGCAAGCAGCGCAAUCAACCAUCGAACCGUGUCCACGACAUCGAAUUUGCGACUGAGAUCUCCACUUCACUUUUGGCCCAGGUCCGCCAACUACAAGGUCUUCUUGCAGAACGGGAUGAAACACUCAAGCGUGUUAAUCUUGAGAAAUUGCGACUUGAGUUGGAAGCAGAGGGAUAUGCACAAAGAAUCCAGGCGCUCGAUGAUAGCGAGCAACGCUACAAGGACGAGAACUGGACACUGGAAACUCAAACACAUGAGUUGAUGGCAGCCGUGAGGGAUGCUGCGGAACGGGAACAACGGCUCAACAGCACCGUCAUAUUGUCAAAUGCAGAAAAAAGUGCCAUGGAACGAGAGCUCGAGGAGCAAAGGCAAGCCAAUGCGAGGUUGCUUGAGGAUCAGAGCCUCACGCAGAAGGCAAAUGAUGCAGAAAUUCACCUAUUGAGGCGGAAUUUGACUGCUGGUGAUGCGGAAAAGUCCGCACUCCAAAAGAAGCUGUUGGAAAUGACUUCUCAAAAUCAAGAGCUCGCCAAGAUAGUUGCUAUGAGGCUUCGGGAACAUGAAAAUCAAGGCUUGAGGGAUGUUUCAUAUGACGACGAGGACAUUGAGCCCGAGGAUAACACACCUGAAAGCUCUCCGCCAGCAUCCCCCAACAAGUUCACUCCUCGGCAUGGCCAUCUUGAAUCGGAAACCUUGAAGAGCUCGCUCGGCCAUGCUCACCGCAUGAUUCAAAACCUCAAGAGUACAAUUCACCGCGAGAAGACUGAAAAGAUCGAGCUCAAACGUAUGCUACAAGAUGCUCGGGAUGAAGUUGAGCAACGCCAGCGUGAGAGCACUGUACCAAACGGAACUAGCAAGCGUCAGAAGACAAAGACAGAUUCGGCUCGAAAGCCUCAUCGCCCAGAUCUACUGGGCGCAGGCCGCAAAGAGAGAUCGUUUGUUGAGCUUCAAGACACCGAUUGGGAAGACAAUGCCGGACAAAUCAGUCCCACACAGACCCACACCAAGGCGUCGUCCACUAGGGGCCGCUCUCGCUCGCAAUCUCCCAAAGGACCUAGCGACAUCUACCAGACAGCUACCGAGGCUGAGGAUGGAUUUGAAACAGCGAACGAGAGGGCAACCGCAACGGAAAGCGAGGCUUUCCAAACUGGUGCCGAAAGUAUGGCGGAUGAUAGCAGCGAUUCGGCUGAUCUUACCGAGACGGAAGACAAUUUAGGGACCACUCCUCGCCGCCGAGUGCCUUCUUCACUGGUCAUGGCCAAAGCCCGCGAUCGCACAUCAUACAAUAGCACUGCCUCCGCAUCUUCCGAUGAAGAAGAAUAUGAUUCUCCCAGCCAAAUUAACAUAUCCCGACACCGUGUUAAGUCCAAACGCAGCACAAGACGCUUUCGUCCAUCUGGAGAGGCCAUAUUCGCAUCAAAUAGUCGACCUUCGAGUUCACGUGAAUCUGCAGCAUCCGAUUUUGCGCCAGUGCCAAUAGCUCAGGAGGGCCAGAGCCUCUUUGCUGAACUUGCAGAGUUCGAUAGCACCGAAGAUGAUGAAUUAAACUCCCAGGCUUCGACACCGCGCAUGGGGCCUGUAUCGUGCUCACGGAGACCCUCAGACGUAAUGCUGGAUGCACCACCUAAGCCUGAAAUGGUGGAUUCUGGUGUUAUGACUGAACCUUUGGAGCCCUCGUCGCUUUCAAUCGGUGCUGGCAUUGUUGAUGGAGCUGUUCUGUCACAUAUUCUCGUUGCACCCCAGGCAACUCAAACAGCAGACCAGGAGAUUUUUAAGGAAACGAAGAAGCUUCCUGGUCUACUAGAUAUGGGCAUUGCAGAAGUUUCUUCCCAAGAGACUACGCCCUCUGCACCUAAGCGGCCUGAUCUGAGCGUCUCAUACAUCACCGGCGGCACCACCACACCCGCGAAGCAUGAGUUCCCCCCGCCGGAAGUGCCGGAGAUGACGAUAUCUUCAAUUUCAUCACAAAUCACCAAUCCCAUUCAACCAACGGUUAACGUACCUGAGCCAAUCAUCAAGCAUGUUGAUGUUAUCAAAUACGUGGAACGCGAGCCGGAGGUGCCCGAGCUGACCUUCUCCUCCAUUACGACUCAAUCAAGUUCCCCCGUCUCUGCAAUACUAGCUGUGCCAGAGUUGAGCUUCUCGUCUGUCGCCGCUCAGUCGACAAAACCUGUCCAGGCAAUCCAGGCAACUGUUCCCGAGCCAGAACCUGUUAUCAAAUACGUCGAGCGCGAGCGCGAGAUCCCCGAGUUGAAAUUCUCCUCCAUAGAUAAUCAAUCCACUGUUCCUGUCCAGGCAACACUUGCUGUGCCGGAGCCUAUCGUCAAGUACAUCGAUGUGGUCAAGCAUGUCGAACGCGAGCCUGAGGUGCCAGAGUUAAGCUUCUCUUCCAUCACCGUUCAAACCACCGAGCCAGUCGCAGCAACUGUUCCUGAGCCGCAGCCGCCUGUCAUUCAAUACGUUGAUGUCAUCAAGCACGUUGAGCGUGAGCGUGAAGUGCCAGAGUCAAGCUUCUCUUCUAUCACCACCCAAUUCACUGCCCCUGUGCAGGCAACACUUGCUAAAGUAGAGCCUGUGAUUGAAUACGUUGAGCGUGAGCGCGACGUGCCGGAGUCAAGCUUCUCUUCGAUUACUGCUCAAACCACUGUCCCUGUACAGGCAACACUUGCCGAAGUAGAGCCUGUGAUUGAAUACGUUGAGGUUAUCAAGCACGUUGAGCGUGAACGUGAGGUACCCGAACUGAUAUUCUCUUCGAUCACCACUCAAACCACUGAGCCAGCCAAAGCCAUUGUUCCUGAGCCAGAACCACCUGUCAUUCAAUACGUUGAUGUCAUCAAGCACGUUGAGCGUGAGCGGGAAGUGCCGGAGGCAAACUUCUCUUCGAUUACUGCUCAAACCACUGUCCCUGUGCAGGCAACGCUUGCUAAAGUAGAACCUGUGAUUGAAUACGUUGAGCGUGAGCGCGACGUGCCGGAGUCAAGCUUCUCUUCGAUCACUGCUCAAACCACUGUCCCUGUGCAGGCAACACUUGCUAAAGUAGAGCCUGUGAUUGAAUACGUUGAGCGUGAGCGCGACGUGCCGGAGUCAAGCUUCUCUUCGAUUACUGCUCAAACCACUGUCCCUGUGCAGGCAACACUUGCUAAAGUAGAGCCUGUGAUUGAAUACGUUGAGCGUGAGCGCGACGUGCCGCAGUCAAGCUUCUCUUCAAUCACUACUCAAUCCACUGAGCCAGUCAAAGCCGCUGUCCCUGAACCGGAACCACCUGUGAUUCAAUACGUCGAUGUUAUCAAGCAUGUUGAGCAUGAGGUACCGAAUUUGACGAUCUCUUCCAUCGAUUCAGCACACACGGAGCCUGUUAUUCCAAGGCUUCGCCUUGUCCCUAUGCCGGCAUUGUCAUUCUCCUCUGUCCAUUCAGUGGAGACUCAUCCAGUGAAGUCUAUGCCAUUUGCCACCCCUGCUGUGGCAGACUUCUCUACUCAAACCGAGCCAAUACAGUCAAAGGCCGCAGGAGCCGCUGUGAUUAUCCAUCGAGACCAUCUUGCUGACGCUGCUCGUAGCCGCACUGGCACAGUCGAUAGUGAUCAAUUCGUUGGUGCUGGACUGGCCUUGAACGAUCUUUCUGGCAACGCCCUUGCUCGCUCUGCUAGACAACAAUCUAGUUCAGUAAACAUGGACCAAGGAUCUCAGACUAUCCUGUCAUCUAAGCAGAUAGAUCAAAUUCUUAUGGAUCGUGUGUCCGCACGCCCGCCAUCUUCCCACAGCCAGGUGACGGACAACUCACGAGAGAUUGCCGCAAUCACUACAGCUGCCGCUUCUCCUUACGUUACACCCAAGGCUCCGACGCGACCUCGCCUUUCGCAAAUUCAGUCAGCGAAGUCAACAACACCAAAUCAACGCCGGCCUCCCAGUGCCACCAGUCAGACAUCUGGUGUCAGUCAUCCCCCACUGCCGGUCGAUCACCGGGAAGCUAUCCUGGCAGCCGAGAAGAGGCCCACCGACGUGGCUCCGCCAUCUCCUACCUCUGCCAUGGGGCCUCCUUUAGCUCCUGCCUCCGCCCACCGCGUGAACUCCCAGCGCCCACUUACGCCAGGCGAACAUGCUGCGCGGGCUAGCUCUUCAAGAACCGGUUCAUCUCAAGCUAGAAUGAGGAGGGAAAGUCAAAGCCAGAUGUCUCGACAAUCCUCAGUGUCAUCUUUUGCGUCUGAGCUUGAAGAGCGUUUCAAUAUGGCCCCUCAUGCUGGCCCCAUGCCAGGCGGUUACGGACCUAAUACGGAUCCGCGCAUGAUCCAGGCGAUUACUCAAACCAUGAUUGGCGAAUUCCUUUGGAAGUACACCCGCAAGACUGGCUCAUCGGAUAUGUCCACAACACGGCACCGACGAUACUUCUGGGUUCACCCGUACACUCGUACGCUGUACUGGAGUAUACAGGACCCGCAAACUGCCGGAAAGAGUGAGCUCCGUACCAAGAGUGUGCCCAUCGAGGCUGUUCGAGUGGUUGCCGACGACAACCCAUAUCCUCCGGGUCUCCACUGUAGGAGCUUGGAGGUUGUCAGCCCUGGCCGACGAGUUCGUUUUACAGCAACGACGAGCCAGAGGCACGAAACAUGGUUCAACGCGUUGUCCUAUCUCCUUCUAAGGGAGACCAACAACAACUGCGAGGAUAAUAACAGCGUCACGCUCGACGAUAUCAACGAGUUCAACCCCCCCAGCCUCCGGUCCAGUUCUCGUCAGACAGCACGAAUGUCAUUCUCAUCUAACAACAGCCGCACCGCUCGACAAGCAUCCAAGCAACAGCGGCGAGCGGCCUCGGCCAUGUCCUUGCGAUCGUCCGGUACUCUCGGUGGGCGUGCAUCACCGGCGCUUAGUUCACCUGUACCAAAGUCGUCGUUGCAAGUUCCCGAUGAUCGCCAACGUUCUUCGUCCAGACUCAGCACCAUCUCCAGCUCGAUUCGGGGGUCCAUCGCAAGCUUGAAGGGACGGAACGGCCAAUCUGCUAGUGUCCACGAUGAAAGUCUUCAUGGGCCAGAAAGUGCCGAUGAUCUGAGACAUGUGGUCGAACCCCAGGAACAAGACCGACUCGAGAAUGUCCGCGCCUGUUGCGACGGAAAACAUGAUGUUGGCUCUCUUUCUCGCACCAGUCGGUAUAGUCCGAGGGUCAACCGCAUCCACUCACCACACCACCACUGA